CACACGACGAACUAGCGCUCCUCCCUCCUCCCUUCAUCGACUGCCGACACUUAGCUAGGGCAUCAAGAAGCACAGCGAGAGGCGGCAGCAACCUCCCCAUCUCCGGCCGGCCGGCUCCUGUGUCCUGUCCUGUCCUGUCCUGUCCACGAUGCCGCAAGGCAGGAGCGCGCGAGGGCCGUGCUGCGCAGGAUUCAGUGUGCUCCUCACCGCCGGCGUCGUGUUGCUCAUCUAUUGGGCCAUCUUCCAGCCCCACCACAUCCGCGCCACCGUUGACUCCGCCGUCCUCUCCAACCUCACCGUCUCCAACGCCUCCUCAUCCGCGGCGGCGGUCUCCUACGACUUCACCGUCAGCCUCCGGCUCUACAACCCCAGCGUCCGCGUCGACAUCUACUACGACGCCAUCGACGCCCAGCUCCGCUUCCGCGACGCCGUCGUCGGCCCGGCCGCCAACGACACCUCCCCGUCCGUGUUCUACCAGCGCAGGAAGACCAGCGAGGUCGUCAAGAUGGAGUUCGACUACUGGAGGAGCCCCGGCAGCGGCGGCGGCGGCGGCGUCACCGUCGGCAGCGACGUCGCCGGGGAGCUGGUGAAGGAGACCAGGAGCGGGGGGCCGGUGAGCUUGGAGCUGGACGUGGACGUGCGCGUGAGGUACGUGUUCAAGAUGUUCAAGCUGCGCCAGAAGCCGAGGAUUCGGUGCUCGCUCAGCAUUCCGGUCAAGACGGAGGGCCGGCACCAUGGCUUCGGUGGCGCUGCUGCCUCCGGCGACCGGUGCAGUGUCAAGUACUGACGGUGAUGCUGAUGAUUAUACUAUACAUGAGUAGUGUGCUUUGGUGUUUUACUGUGUGAUGUGAGUAUGACUAACUAUUGUGGUGUGUUCCAUUCGAUUCAUGUAAAAGUUUGUUAUUAAUUAAUUGUUGGGUUUUUGGUACAGAGUACGGGCAACUGUACGUACGACGGUACAUGUAAUGUAACAAUGCUAUUCUUGAACUUCUA